AUGUCGACUCGAGCGCGGCGCCAUCGCUCAUCAACAGUUGCAUCAUCCCCACCAGAGACCACCAAGGCGACCGCAGAGCUCCAACUCCUCCUCGACGACCUCUCCAACACCCUUUGCAUAUCCCAAGAACCUCCAGCCGGUGCAUACCCGGACCUACCCGUGCUGAUCGACCAAGUCCAGUCCAUCCGCCAGUACCUGAUUGCCUCCGCGGCGCCUUCGCGAGCCAACGAUGACUUUCGACGUCUCAACGGGUUCCAGGUCCUCCUGGAUACCCUCCGUGCUUUCUCCGGCUUCUACCACCCAACGAAUCGAGAAUUGAAAGAGAAGGCUCAACUAUUUGAUCUCUUAGGGGCUAUUCUUGGGGUUCUGGCGCAGACAUUUCGGGAGCACUAUGGGAAUCGGAGGUAUUUCCAACGAAGGGUCGAGGGCGGUGGCUGGGCCGCCUUGGAGCAGACCAUAGCCAGUAUUGGCAUUGGCGGCAGCGAAUCCGAUAUUUGGGCCGAGGGUCAGCUCUUUGGCCGGCUGCUCGCAUUUGCCCUGGAUGACAAACGGUUCGAGAUCCUCUGCCAGAGCGCCGCCGAACUACACACCUCUGCGAAACAGCCUGGUAGCCCCAUAAGAAAUAAGGGUGCCGAUUAUUUUGGCCGGAGCGCCGAACAAAUAAAAGGAACCUCGUCAUCCGGCUGUGAGGCGAAGGAUGAGGCCGCUCUAGCCUUGCUGGCUUCCAAUCUCCAAGGAAUUGUGCAAGAAAGGGCCUUGCUUUAUAAUGCAGACGUGGUGCCGAUCAUCAUAGAUUUUUGGAAGACCAUCCCUCGAGUGCCCGGAACAUCUGUGAAUCCGGCUGCUCUGGUUGUCAUUCUGUCCUUGACUAGGAUUGCCUCCGUGUCCAGCCACAACCUGUUGGCCCUGCAUAGCACGGGAAUCGUUUCAACGCUCCUCCCACUGGCGUUCGAUUCCGAUUCACCUCUUGCGGCUCCCGAGAGACGCUCUGUAGAGCGUCUUUGCAGCUCGCUCAUGUCCCUCGGGGUUAGCACUUUAAGCGAUGCCCAAUAUCUGGUUGGUAGCAAAUCAUCCACGGCGGCAGAUUUUCUUCUGCAGUCUUUAAAGGAGUCCCAUAAACCUGCGUAUCUCCAGUUUGAUCUCUCUUUAAAUGGCUAUGCAUCCGUAGAGCUCCCGACCCUGGGCCGGUCAUUUCCUCCAUCCAAUGCCGCCGGGUAUACAUUCGCGGCGUGGAUCCACGUAGAUCAUUUUGAUCCGAAUUCUCAUACAACGGUCUUUGGAGCGUUUGAUUCAACACAAACCUGCUUUGUUCUUGCGUACCUCGAAAAAGAUACCCACAACUUUAUCCUACAGACAUCUGUUACAUCGUCUAGGCCAAGUGUGAGAUUCAAAUCUACUACUUUCGUUGAGCAACGGUGGUACCAUAUUGCAAUUGUUCAUCGACGACCGAAAACUAUGACUUCAAGCAAGGCAGCUCUGUAUGUUGAUGGAGAGUUCGUCGAGCAGGUCAAGUGCCAAUACCCUGCACAACCCCCUCCCUCCAGCACUAGCAAUGAUACUUUUGCCUCCUUCACCACCGCCGCUGCGAAGACCAACCCUGUCCAGGCAUUUAUUGGUACCCCGCAAGACCUAUCAACCCGCCUAGGACCAGGUGUUGUGUUCUCCCGCUGGUCAUUAGCAUCGGCACAUCUUUUUGAAGAUGUGCUUAGCGAUGACCUCGUUGCGGUUUACUUUCGGCUUGGGCCACGAUAUAAUGGUAAUUUCCAAGACUGUCUCGGUUCGUUCCAAACUUAUGAGGCUUCUGCUGCACUGGGCAUGCGCAAUGAGCUCAUGCACCCAGGAAAGGAUGAGAAAUCGGAUAUUAUUAGUGCCAUCCGUGAGAAGGCCAGCAAUCUGGUCCCAGAAAGUCGCAUCUUGCUCAGUAUCCUUCCUUCAGCUGUUCUUGUGGAUGGGACCCAUCAUCCCUUACAUGAAUCGCAAUUACUUCGUGGCUUGAAUCGAACAGCGUCCAACAACCUGUUCCAGCUGACGCAUAACACUGGCACUUCUUUGGCUAUCAACGCCGCUGUUCCCUCCAUCAAUGAAGCCUUAGUCCGGUCUCAAGGGGCCGCGGUGCUGACUGGUGACCCGGUUAUUGUUGUUCCCCAAUCGCUGGACCAUACCCUAUGGCGCCUCGGGGGUUUAGCUGGUAUUGCCUUGAAACUAGUCGAGGACGCCACUACCAAAGAAGGUAUUGUACGAGCUGUUGAUAUCUUGUUCGAGAGCAUCAAAGGCAGCUGGCGGAACAGCGAAGCCAUGGAGCGCGAAAAUGGAUACGCUAUUCUUGGCGCUUUGCUCCGCGGUAAACUGGGCGCUGGGACGGUUAUCUCAUCAAGAGGAGGCCGUAUAGAUCCCUCCCCUAUGACCACCGAUGAUCGAGAGCAGCUCGGAUUUCAGCUACUCAGUCUGGUGCUGGAUUUCGUUGGCUAUAAUCACGAGAAACCCGAGGAGUCGUUCAUUAUUAACCCCUUGGCAUAUCGCAUUCUGCUUGUUGAUUUUGACAUGUGGAGGAAGACUGCUCCAAUUACGCAAAAACUGUACUAUAAACAGUUCAUCACGUUUGGCGUGAACAGUAAAUUCCACCAAUUCAACUCUCGGAGGCUUUUUCGAAUGCGCGUUGUCAAACGAUUCCUCGAUGCUCUCAAAGCGGAAACCUUUCCUCGUGAUGUUUUCCCUUCCUUCAUAGAAGCGUUUAAAAGCCUAGUAAAAUGCAAUAUGACCGCUGAAGUGUUCCGGUCGCUUGCUCUAUUCAUCACUUACGCGUAUCACCAACCCGCAAGCUCCGCAUCGAGGACACCGAAAUCCCAGUAUGGUACCUUACCAGCUCGAUCUGGCUCGAUGAUGAAUGAUGCUAAACGGCCCACCAUCAGUGUCUUAUUCGAUGGGAAGGAUGUGGUCUCUGCUUAUAUGACUAAACGAGAAGUCGGAAGUAGAGUGCUUGAAAUGUAUGCAGAUCUUCUGUGUGAAAAGGGUAGCACCGCCAAUAUCAAGAAGUUUGCUAGGACUGUGACGAAUAAGUGGCUGCUCCACCUCUUAACAGAGGAUGAUCCCGAAGUCGUAGUCCUCGGAACGAAAAUCUUAGCCCGGCUCCUCGUAGUCCAUGGUUCAGGCUACGUCACGAAAUUUGCGACGCAGACGGGGGGGUUUGCUAUCAUGCGGUAUAGAUUACGAAGAUGGUGGGAUAUUUCCACGCUAUGGCCGAUCUGCUUCAGUAUCCUGUUGGCUCGAGAUGUCGCAGAUAUCGAUUUCGAAAGGCCGUUUGAGUUGUUCAGCCUUCUUGAAACUUUCAGCAACUGCAAGGUCGUGUAUCCGGGCGUGCUGCCUGUGAUUAUGUCUAUGCUGCAGCAUGGCCUCAAUGAUGUCCUUCGUCACCAGGAUGACCCGGACUCGCCUCUAAAGGACCGGAGCACCCCGCAAAGCCCGACGUCGAGUCUUGGUGUGCCAAAUGGUGGUUCCCGUCGUAGGUCCAUGUCGUUGACUAAGGAAUUGGAAUCCCGCCAAACACAACAAACCAGGCAGGUUCGUAUUGGCGGACAAGCUACAGUUUUACAUACAGUCAUCCGCUUUUUCGCAGACCUGCAUUCCAAGUCGUCGGAAUUUCGAGAAUUUGCAGUAUCUUCCGAAUACGUAAGGCUUCUGGUCGCAGUGCUGUUCCCAGUCAUCGUCAGCGCCGACGCCGUUAGUCCUGAGACUGAAUUGAAUUCUCGAGACUCAGCCUUAACAUUCGAGGGCGAUGAUGUUAUCAUUCGACCUAUCUCCCGGGCGACCACCACUCCUACGCCAAUUGUCCGAACUUCAACUGUAGAAACAAUGCUUCCUCCAAGCCCGACCGCACCAAGAGCAACGCCGCUACGGAGAGGAUCUUCGUUCAUUCUGCUCACUUCCAGACCAUCAGAAUUUAGCCCUUCAUCUGCGAGACUGAACCUUGUCAUGUCGCCGAAGAAAAAACUCACCACUCAGAAAGUUAGUAAUGCUCUCGUUGAGGGGUUACUCGAGCUUGUGAUCAACGUCUUUAUUGAUCAGGUUAUCGCCCGAAAAGAAUUCCCGGGGUUUGGCCUCUUCUUAAAGGUGCCUCCGGGCUUCCAAGAGCACCAAGCCUACUUCGAAUCAUACUUGCUUCGCAACACCAUGUCGCAGCUUGGCAACACGAUACAGCUAGAUCAAAAGUCUCUAUGGGAACCGAGACUGCUCCAAAACAUGGCUCGUUUUGCUAGCCACAUGGGCGAGGCUAUUUUUGAAGGAUGGUUCUUGAGCGGUGCGGAGCCUUUACUAGACUUCGCAGGGACGAUCCUGGAAUAUCUCCAGCGUCCUGAAAUCUCGAAAAUUAAGAGUGUGAGGCUUUGCAGUCAGGCUGUCCUCUCUAUCAAGAGCGUCUUCCUGCGAGUUGUGCUUUUAAGGCUCUCGGAGCUGGAUAGUGCGCAAGUUUCUGAGAUUGAGGUUCUGGAAUUCAUGGACAAGCUUCUCUAUUGGCAGACUGUCAUGCUGUCUUCUAAUGGCGACGAGGAGCAAUACCUUAAUCUCAUAUGUUAUCAACUGUAUGUCAAGUUGGUUGAUUCGCGGGAAAGUGUACGCCUUGCAGCGUCCAACCUUUGGCGUAUCAUGCUUGUUCAGAAGCCUGAAGAGACUUCGGCGCUGUUUAGGCAAUCGAUGUCUAAUGAGCAUAAGCAUUUGACGUCCGACUUCAAAAAGCUUACGGAGCUGGACAACGAGACAUUUGUGGCGUGGGUCGAUGAGCAACGCGCGGAAUUAGACGCCCUGUUCUUCGGAGCAAUGUCUAAAGCAUGGGAAGACUUCGUCAGCACAGAAAACCUACGAACUGAAGAGACAGCUAAGACACGAGUUGCAAAACGGCGAGAGCGGCUGAGACAAUGGCAUACCGAAGAUCUCAAUGAUGAAAAAAGCCUUUUCCAGCAUGAUCUUACGACCUCCUCUUGGAUGAAGAAUAUCUACGCGUCAGAACAUCUCAAGCAUCAACGAUCGCAGCAGGAUCAGCAGGAUAAUUUUAGCUUCAUAGCGUCUACGUUUGCGAAGAUGGAUCGGGAGCUUCAUAGACCUUGUGCUGUGUUUGAUAAUGGAAGUGCCACAAAGUGGAAGUUGGAUAGGACCGAAGGCCGCAAUCGGAUGCGUCUUCGUAUGUUGCCCGACCGGACGGCGCCCGCGUAUGAUUAUCAGCCGAAGCGAAGGACCACGGAUACGGCGAGGAAUGGGGCUCUUAAACUAGAUACGAAACUUUCUACGCCGACCUUGGCUUUGGUUGGGACGACCCCAGCUUCUGCAGCCCCGCCUGUUGGGUUUGACGGCCAGGAGGAUGUGCUGCCUGGUGCUCUCUUGAAUGUGCAACAAGAUGCAAAGACUGGGCCUGAAGGGACUGUUCUUCCCGAAGAAGAUUUCGAGUUCGUUGAAGGGCCACCCAAUGAAAAUGGAGAAGGUGAUGAAGGCUACGAGGAUAAAAACCGGAAGGUUAUGCGGAGUCUUCAACGAGGCGAUCAGGUGCAACAAGUCUUCAAUAUCUCGCGAAUCAUAGGGCUCGAGGCUUGUGAAGGGUUAUUAAUCCUCGGCAAGGAUUCACUCUAUCUCAUCGACAAUGUCUUUCAGAGAUCGGACGGAGAAAUCGUAAAUGUCUCUCAAGCUCCCCCAGAAGACAGAGAUCCAUACCUGCAGAUAAUUGCUGGUCAGCCUGGUACCAAGGCUGCACCGAAACGGACGAAUCAACCGAUUAGGGCGGAACAGGAAUCUAGGAGUUGGAAAUGGAAUGAUGUGAUUAGUAUCUCGAAACGCCGAUUCCUCUUUCGAGAUGUUGCGGUGGAGGUAUUCUUCACUGAUGGUCGAAGCUAUCUUUUAACUGCUAUUUCGCCUCCGGUCAGAGAUGAUCUUUAUGCAAAGCUCACAUCCAAAGCACCUCAUUCUAAUGGAAGUUCAAGCCUUCCCAACCCAGAGGAUGGAUGGCGGCUUGAAGCUUUGAGGGUCUCUGAAGACGGCCCUGCGUCCCUUGGGUCGAAAUUUGGAAGCAUAUUCAAUUCUUCGGCUUGGAAUCCCGCGAUGAGGCGAUGGGCCAAAGGGGAGAUUUCGAAUUUCCAUUAUUUGAUGCUGGUCAAUACUAUGGCUGGUCGGACUUUCAAUGAUCUCACUCAAUAUCCAGUGUUCCCGUGGGUCCUGGCUGAUUAUACCAGUGAGGAGUUGGAUUUGGAUAAUCCGGCGUCUUUCAGAGAUCUGUCGAAACCGAUGGGUGCGCAGCAUAAUUCUCGAUCGGCGGAUUUCGUAGAACGGUAUAAGACGUUUGCGGAUAUGGGUGAUCAGAACACGCCAGCGUUCCAUUAUGGUACUCAUUACUCGUCAGCUAUGAUCGUUACCUCAUAUCUCAUCAGGCUGCAGCCAUUUGUGAAGUCAUUCUUGUUACUCCAAGGAGGUAAUUUCGACCAUGCAGACCGAAUGUUUUAUUCGAUUCCGAAAGCUUGGCAGUCUGCUUCCAAGGACAAUAUGACAGAUGUCCGGGAAUUGAUUCCUGAAUUCUUCUACUUGCCAGAGUUCCUCACCAAUCACAACGACUUUAAUUUCGGGCUUAGGCAAAGCGAUGGCGGAUCCGUGGAUACUGUCCAACUCCCGCCAUGGGCCAAAGGUGAUCCGAAGGUGUUUAUUGCUAAGCACAGAGAAGCGCUAGAGAGUCCAUAUGUCAGCAAACAUCUUCAUCAAUGGAUCGAUCUCAUAUUUGGCUGCAAGCAGCGUGGCGAAGCGGCUAUUGAAAGUGUCAACGUCUUCCAUCACCUUUCUUACCACGGCGCCACGAAUCUUGAUAAUAUAUCAGAUGAGGAGGAUAGGAAGCGUACUAUCAGCAUCAUCCACAACUUUGGACAGACGCCUUAUCAAGUAUACUCCCGACCACAUCAAGCUCGCGACGAAAUCCGUAACCGUAUCAAGAGACUCGAUACCUCCGCCGAAGCACUGACUCGACUUCCGUUCCCGCUCCUAGAGAGUAAUGAGCGUGUUGCUUCGCUCGUUUACUCAUCUAAGCUAGACCGUCUUCUCUGCACUACGACAUUCAAGCUGAAUCUCCCUCCGCAGUACGAUAAAACUCUAGAAUGGGGCUUCGCUGACAACAGCAUCCGGUUUUAUUUUAGCGACAGCAAAAAGCUCGCAGGGCUUUUUGAAAACCUCCAUCAAGGCCAGAUAUCCUGCGUCAUAUUCGCUUCAUUACAGACGCUCAUCACGGCCGGUGAGGAUUGCGUGCUCUCAGCACAUACAAUCGUUACAUCGCCCUCUAAACCCGUGGAGCUGCAACCUCGAUCCUCUCUCUUCGGGCACAAAACCCCCGUUACCACUCUCGCCGUUUCAAGAUCCUUCUCUACUCUCUUGUCUGCAUCAUCCGAUGGCGUAGUCCUACUAUGGGACCUAAACCGACUAGAAUUCGUGCGCAAGUUAGCCCACGGAAGACCAGUAGAAUGCGCCCGAAUCAACGACGUCUCCGGCGACAUUCUCCUCUGCCGCGGCCAAAAAGUCAUUCUCUACACACUCAAUGGCGAAUUCAUCCUCGAGCAGAACGUAUGCAGUGAUCACGAAGACUAUAUCUCUUCCUGUGCUUGGUACGAAGGCACGGGCAAUGAAUGGCUGGAAAACACACUGCUCUUCACAGGACACCGUCGAGGUGUUGUGAAUGUGUGGAAGAAAGUCGUUGGGAGAGGGAAAGCCGCAGGAUGGAGCUUGGAGCUCGUUAAGAGAUUGGAGCAGGGUGAUGACAGGAGGAAGGGCGAUAAUGUCGUCGGUACUGCUGUGGGCGGCGUGAAUAAUAGAAGUUUUGGCUCCGAUGCCGCUAUUACGUGCAUUGCGCCGAUGGCGCAGGUGCUUUAUACGGGGGAUGAAGAUGGGAGAGUGGUGUUUUCGUUGCAGUAUCAAUGGGAUCUAGUCCGUAGAGAAAGAUAG